ACGCUCUCUCUCACACACACAGCAACCAGUGGAGGUUUUCUACUUUUCUAAUUAUUUGUACGUUGCAGUCUCCAAUGGCUCUUGUCUGGAACUUGCUUCUCUGCUGUCUAGCCGCCACUCCGGUGGUCCUCACCGCGGCCACAACACAACAAAUUCACGGCGAAGAAGCACAGCAAGAGGCUGACAGAGUCACCAACUUGCCUGGACAACCGGCGGUGACGUUCAGACACUACUCGGGCUACGUCAAACUUAGGCCUCAAGAUCAAAAGGCACUCUUCUACUGGUUCUUUGAAGCCCAAGAAGCACCGUCUCUCAAGCCUCUAGUCCUUUGGCUCAAUGGAGGACCUGGCUGCUCAUCAGUAGCAUUUGGAGCUGCACAGGAACUCGGCCCAUUUCUUGUCGGAAAAAAUGGAAACCAGCUCAAUCUUAACAAAUUCUCCUGGAAUAAAGUUGCAAAUAUGUUGUUCCUGGAGGCACCUGUUGGUGUGGGAUUUUCGUAUACAAACAAUUCAAAAGAUUUAAGCGUGCUUGGAGAUAGAAUUACAGCCGAGGACUCUCAUGCCUUCUUGAUUGGAUGGUUCAAAAGGUUUCCAAGCUUCAGAUCCCAUGACUUCUACCUUGCUGGCGAGAGCUAUGCUGGUCAUUAUGUUCCCCAGCUUACGAGUCUCAUUUAUGAUAGAAACAAAGGAGCCAGCAAAAGCUUGUACAUAAAUCUAAAGGGGUUCAUGAUUGGGAACGCUGCGAUCAAUGAUCCAACAGACCUUCGUGGCAUGUUUGAAUAUGCAUGGAGUCACGCGAUCAUCUCCGACCAACUUUACAAUAAUUUGGUGAAGGAAUGCGAUUUCAACCAUGAAAACCAGACAAGGAAUUGCAGUACCCAUGUCAGGGGCUUCGUGGAAGAAUGCUCUAAAAUUGAUAUCUACAACAUUUACGGACCCAUCUGCCUCUCUUCCCUUCAUAGAACAUCCCCAAAGCUCGUUGUUGCUCCUCGUCUCUUAACACCACAUGACCUCUGGCAUAAGCAACCGUCAGGCUACGAUCCAUGUACAGAGGACUACGUGGAGAAAUAUUUCAACAGAGUGGAUGUUCAGAGGGCCCUGCAUGCCAAUGUCACUAAACUGUCCUAUCCUUACACCACAUGCAGUGGUGUUAUCAACGACUGGAAUGACUCUCCCGACACGGUGCUGCCAAUUAUUCGGAAGCUCUUAAAUGCUGGACUUCGCAUUUGGAUCUACAGCGGUGACACGGAUGGGAGGGUGCCGGUGACAUCAACAAGGUACAGCAUAAACGAGAUGGGGUUAAAAGUAGAGGAAGAAUGGAGGGCAUGGUUUCACAAAAGUCAAGUAGCCGGGUGGAUGCAGACUUACGAGGGCGGGCUGACAUUAGCCACAGUGAGAGGCGCAGGCCAUCAGGUCCCGGCCUUUGCUCCCCAACAGUCCCUUUCUCUCUUCGCCCAUUUCCUCUCUUCAAAAACCUUGCCGGCUUCACGAUUUUAGGCUUGGCUGCCGCUGCUGCUUAAGUAUGGCUUUUGCUCGACAUUUUGAAUAAAUGGACCAAAGCCUGACAACCUAUUGAAGUUAUUAUUAUUGUCUUCUUUUUGUGAGUCGACUUAUUAUUGUCUUUGAAUGUGAUAUAACCAUACAACCAUAGUAAUUAUUGUCUUGUUUUUUUU